GUCCAGCCGGUGUCGCCCAGUGAACCUCGCGAUCGCCUCAGACGCGCAGACAUGGCACGAUCGAGGCUUGCGCUGCCCCUCCUCGCCUUCGGCCUCGUCCUGUUGGUGGCCUGCUGUGCGGACGCCGGCAGCAGUUCCUCCGACUCUUCGGACUCUUCAGAGUCUUCCGCCUCCUCAGAGUCGCGCGAGCACCGGUCCAGGAAGCACAGCCACACCCACGUCAAUGUCGAGCACGGACACCGUUACAGCGAAGCGGAAGUCACCGCCCUGCUGAGGUCUAUCGUGUUCAAGAAGCCUGCCAUCGUUCUGGACUGCGAUGACCGAAAAGGUGCUUGCAACGGGAUCUCCCAGACCAUCGUACACUAACUCCGCCGUACAGUCACAUUCUCAGAGAUGGAACUUGAUUUAUGAUUUUGUUUUUCUUUUCUUUUUUAUUAUGAUACUCUUGUAGGGAUGGACUAUCACCUAGUAUACAGUUAUCUAUGUUGUAAGUGCUUGUAAUAAAAAAUAUUUAAAGAUCUUAACAUGGAAAUCUGAUAUCUCGCACAUUUAUCCUGUUUGAACCAGCCUCCCUAUACCGCCCAUCCAGAUCUCCUCUAAUCCCAUAAUAACAAAGUAUUUCCUUUUUAUGUCUUCCAUUGAUCAUCCGAAGGCAAAAACUGCGACACGUCGUUUUUUUGAUACAAUUAUAAGAGAAGUGUAUGGUGGUGUGCCAGGGUGACAGAAAGGAGUAAACCCACGCCGUACUGACUCGGCAGAUGGACUUAGCGCUAUAUUUCAUUCCCUUUCACUAAAUUAUUGUAAUGUCAUUAAUUCCUGACAUUUCCUUUCCAGCGUUACGUACGACGUGAACUGCAAUGAGAGAAACGGUGGUUGCAACGAGAUCUCCAACGACUUCAGGCGUUAGCUCCGUAGUACAAACAUUCACGGUCUCAAGGCUGGAACUUGCAUUCUAAUUUUGUCCUUUAUAGUUCAACUGUUAUCCUCUUGUAUAAAUAAACUGACUUCUAGUAUUCUGUUA